AAUAAUAUCGCUUCUCGUCACACACUGUUUCACCGUAUGCAGAGGGCAAAAUCUGUGCGAGCGAGUCACUGUCACCGGGUUUCUUCACAGACGUUUUUAGAGAAUGCGUUGAAUUUUCACAUAUAUUUCAGUGCGCAAAACGGAUUUUUAAACGUUCAUAAUGUCAGUUAGAGGCUUCACAGCCGUUAUUGAAACGACCAGAACUAUAAACGACCGUUAAAAACGACAACGACAUGGCUAAACGAAGCACUCUGUUCAUUCGAAUUGUGGAAGCGAAAAAUUUGCCUAUUAAGGACAUCACCGGGAGCAGUGAUCCAUACUGCAUUGUGCGAAUUGAUAACGAGGCCAUUAUAAGGACAGCAACAAUAUGGAAGACGCUAUCCCCUUUCUGGGGCGAGGAAUACAAUGUCCAUCUCCCACCUUCCUUUCACACCAUGUCCCUGCAUGUGAUGGAUGAAGACUCUCUCAGCCGUGAUGAUGUUAUCGGCAAGGUUUCCAUCAGCAAGGAGGCACUCACUUCCAAACCACAAGGUCUGGAUUGCUGGAUGAACCUGACUGAGAUAGAUCCAGACGAGGAGGUUCAAGGGGAAAUUCACUUGCAGAUAUCUCUGCUGGGGGACGGGGAUGUUCCACACAAACUGCGCUGCAGAGUCCUUGAGGCCAGAGAUCUUGCCAAAAAAGACCGCAACGGAGCUUCAGAUCCAUUCGUCAGAGUCAGAUACAAUGGGAAAAGCCAUGAGAGCGCAGUGGUAAAGAAGUCCUGCUAUCCACGCUGGAAUGAGAGUUUUGAAUUUGAGCUAGACGACACUCUGGCUGAUAGCCUUCUCUGUGUGGAGGUAUGGGACUGGGACCUGGUCAGCAGGAACGACUUCCUCGGCAAGGUCCUGUUCAACAUCAACAGGCUUCAGUCGGCGCAGCAAGAGGAGGGCUGGUUUCGCCUGGGGCCUGACAAACCCAAACACAGCCAGUAUGAAGGCACUCUGGGCUCCUUGAGGCUGCAGCUGCGGCUCCGUGACGAGACGGUCCUGCCGUCCAGCCAUUACCAGCCACUGACUGAGUUACUGAGCCAGUCUGUUGGGACUCACCUUAAUGGCAACUGGCCUGAUCUGAUCAUGCUAAUCGAUGAGACGACGACCUCUGAAAACAGACAGGAAGUAGCCAAUAACCUGGUGAAGCUCUUUCUGGGACAAGGGCUAAUUAAGGAGUUCCUGGAUGUGCUGUUCAAAUUGGAACUGGAGAAAACAACCGAACCCAACACUUUAUUUAGGAGCAACUCUUUAGCUUCCAAAUCUAUGGAGUCAUUUCUAAAGGUGGCCGGAAUGCAGUAUUUGCACAGGCUUCUGGGUCCCAUCAUCAAUCGCAUUUUUGAGGAGAAGAAGUAUGUGGAACUGGAUCCCAAUAAGGUGGAGCUGAAAGAUGCAGGGUGCACGGGGCUGCAUCGUCAGCACACAGAAGCCGACGUGAUUCAGCAGAGCUCCAGCUUGCUCCAGUCAUACCUCUCUGAGCUCUUGGCUGCUAUCCUGCAGUCAGCCUCCUACUGCCCCCUGCUGCUUUGUCAGGCCUUCCAGCAGCUCUACCAUCGAGUGCAAGCACGCUUCCCAGACCCAGAGUACAGGAAAGUGAAGUUCAUUGCUGUUACCAGCUUCCUGUGUCUCCGCUUUAUCUCUCCUGCCAUCAUGUCUCCCAAGCUCUUCCACCUGCGGGAGAAACAUGCAGACGCCCGGACCAGUCGCACUCUGCUGCUGCUGGCUAAGGCUGUGCAGACCAUUGGCAAUCUGGACACUCUGGUCUGUUGCUCUAAGGAGCCAUGGAUGGUACCUCUGCAGCCCGCCAUCCAACAAGGCAUCUCCCAGCUCAAAGACUUCAUCACUCGGCUGGUCAGCUGCCAUGACUCGGAAGAUCUUUGUCUUCAAACUCGUAUGAGUCUCCAGUGUGGCACCAUGGAGAAAGAAGGCUUCCUCUUCCUCCAUAAGACCAAAGACAAGUGCAUACCCAUGACCUCCCCCUUUAAGAAGUACUAUGUAACUCUAAGCAAAGACACUCUGUCUUAUUCACGAACGCAGCAUUCUAAGAAGACCUCGUUCAUCUCCCUGCCAAAGAUCCGGGCAGUAGAGAAAGUGGAAGAGAAGUGUUUUGGAAGCGCCAAUGUCAUGCAGAUCAUCUCGAGUGAGGAUUCUGGCCAGCAGGAGACUCUCUACCUGGACUGCAAGAGUGUAAACGAACUGAAUCAGUGGCUGUCGGCUUUACGGAAAGCGUGCAGUCACAACACCAACACAAUGAGCAGCUAUCACCCAGGCAUUUACAAAGCUGACAGAUGGAGCUGCUGCCACCAAAAGGAGAAAACAGAUCCAGGCUGUGAUAAGACCAGACAUGGUGUCACCCUGCAAGAAUGGUAUGACCCGCUGGAUCCAGACCUGGAAGCUCAACUUAUUUAUCGACACCUCAGCAGCGUCCAGCACGCCAUGAGGGAUAAAUAUUAUGAACUGAUUAAGCAAGAACAUGCCGAUGAAGCAGACUCAGACAAAGAUCAUAAGAAGGUGGAUGGGGUAACAAGACUCUUCACGAUUCUCCAGGACCUGCAUGACGCCCAUGCAGCAGUGGAGGAGAAGGAACGUUUGAAGAAUAAAAACGUUUUCUUGGAGUUGCAAACGUAAACAAAGGAGCACAAAAAGUCUCCGGUGCGAAAGGCGUCCAUAACUUUCGGUCAUACGCUGACUUCAUUCACAGGGUUUAUAACGUAGACCUGCUGUUGAGCUGUAGGACAAGGCAAGGCUGAGUUUUGAAAGGUUCGAGGCUCCAGCAGGUUUGCUCACUAUAGUAAAUAUACUUAUUUGAGGUGAUUGUUUUAGAGUUUUCUUAUUUUGAGGGCUAUCACCAAAAGCUCUGCAUCAAGGGCAGACCUAAUGUAUAUUUCUUUAUUCAUUUCCAUCAGUGUACAUGUAAUGACCAUAUCAGCUACACAGUUAACAUGAAGACCAUCAGUGAAAUGGGUGAGGAGGGCUUGCCAGAUAAGAAUCAUGUACUUUUACAGGAAUGAUUCGCUGAUUAUUCUUGUUUAUGGGCACUUUAUCAAGCUUCCAUUUUAAUGCCUUUAGCUCCAUUUUCAUUUGUGACUGGUCGUGCCAUAAAUCAUUACGUUAUUUAAUCACACAUGCAUAUAAGCUUUUACUUUGUGAAGAAGUGUAGAAUGCUUUUGGUUACAAGUUUCCAGAUGUUUACAGUGCAAAUUAUUGUUUUUAAAAGUUAUUUUUAGUAGAGGAGGAUGCAUGUGGACUCUCUCUACCAUUUCUACAUGUUUUUGCUGUUUUACACUAAUUACUCACAUUUAGUUUACACUAUCUAUUGAUAUCCCAUAUUAUUCCUACAAGAGUAUGACUAUACUGGACAUUGGCAGGGUAUGUUGUGUGUCACUCUCAGUACAGUACAAUACAGUACAAUACAAUGAUACACAAGAGAAAUACAGUGGCCCCAGAAAGUAUUUGGACAAUUGUGCCAUAUGUGAAAAUGUAUUAAGUUCAUUGUGUUAGGAAAAUGUCAAACCAAGUGGCACUUAUUUUAAACUGACCGUUCCAAGACUGUAAUUUUCUUUUUGGCAAAGUAUUCCUUAAAAAGGCGGCUGGUGAGUUUCAAGUCAUGGUUUGGGGAGUUUCAUCCAGGCUUUCUACAUGCAGAGUUUCGCAUCACUUUAAUGUUAGACUAAAGGUGUUUUUCUUUGAAACAAAUAUCAUUUUGUUUAACAUUUUAGGAAGAACAAUAGUUAAAGGGUCAGAAUACUUUGUGGGGAUGCUGUGUUCUUUCUUUUCUGUUUUUUGAAAAAAUCAGUUCUGUAAGAGUGUAUAAGUACCUUAUGUAGUUGCAUUUCAGUUUCGCCCCAUGAAGGCACAGCGUGUGAAGAGCAUUAUGUUAGCUGAAGGAAAAAAAAACAGUUACAGUCAUAUACAAAAGUUUGGGCAAAUGACAUGGCAAAUGACAUGUUUUGAUGAUUUUCUAAGUAAAAAUAAAGUUAACACAUCCUCUACAAAGAGCACCAUUCUGCACAUUUUAGUUGCUGAAUUUAACAUAUUGGAAAAAAGGAAAACAUAAAAUGUGGGCUGCACAAAAGUUAUGGCACAUUUUAUACUAUAUGUUUUUUUUUUUUUUUCCGAAUAUGAAAAAAUGCCAUAUUUCAGUGUUAACAUAUUUUUUUAAUUAGAAAAGCAACCAAACAUGUCAUUUGACCGCGGGUGUUCAUACUUUUGCAUAUGUACAAGAAAAGCUCAUAAAUGCAUAAUGAUAAUAUUACGAUAUUAUUAUUUAUUCUAUGUGUAAUUGUAUUUUAAUGUUCACCAAAGGGAAAUUAAAUGAAAAGCAUUAUGGUAGCCAAAGAAAAGAAAAAUUGGUUUACCAAAACUUUCCCACAAAGACCACAUAUUAAUGCAGUCUAAGAGAUUUAUUCACUAUUAUGUCGCUGUCCAAAGAAAAACAUGUAUUUCCAUCUUUUUAGAUUUUUACAUUUCUAUAUUUAAAUACAGUAGUGCUGUGUUCACAGCUGUACUUUAUAUUGUGUGAACACAGCUGUCGUUUAUAUUGUGUGAACACAGCUGUCGUUUAUAUUAUUUGAAAAUGUAAUGGACCAAUAGAAAUGCUCCAAAAUCACUUUGAAUGUAAUCUCUUUGCAUUAACUUACCUUUAAAGUUAAGAAUGUUAUAGCCUUCUCCUGUAAAGUUACUAUUUUGGAGAUACUUGUUUUUUUUAUAUGUAUAUAAGUACAUGAUUUUACUAGAACACAUACAUAUCUAAUGGUAAUUUUAUUUUAAUCUUCACCAUAAAAGUAAAUGGAAUGAAGAGCAAAGAGAGAGAAUAAAUGGUUAUGAGAAAAUGAGAAAAUGAGAAAAUGUGAAUGCAUUCAACCGAAUAUACAUCUGAGAAAUGUUUUGUUCCUUUUUAAUGAAAAGAAAGUUCUAAAAGAAAAACACAGAGAUACCUGCAGUGUUAGGGAUAUUAACCAUGAAGAUAAAUGAAAGGAAGAACGUGAUGCUGGCCAAAUGAAAAAGAGAUUUUCUCUUUUAAAAAAUAAAAGUUACCUAUAGUUACAUAUGAAUGGAAGUGACCCUUUGCAUCCAGUUCCAGCCCUUUGUGAAUGCUGUAGAUAGCAUUCCCUCUGGACUUUGCAGCACAUAAGUAGCUCUGCUUUAUUGACAGCAUUGCCACUGACGUCCCACCCGGGACCCCCCCAUCUGCACUCAGUAUUGAUACGUUUAUUAAUUAUUAAAAGCUCUAACCAUGUUAGGCACGUUUAUAAAGUCUGUUCCUACUGUUGACAUGCUUUGUCUUGUCAAGUGUCAAUUUUGUAUGUGGUAUUAUGUCCCUGACUGGUAUGUAUUUUAAACAUAGAUGUGCUGUGUGUUUCUGACUGUCUUCUGUAUUUUGUUUUUGUCCUAACAUGAAUGUAAGAAGGGGACUCGUUUUCUUUGGACUGUAGGUAUCGGUCCAUUUUGUCCACUAGAUGGCUCUGCAGUGUUGAAAUUCUUCUACCACAUUCUGGACCCAGUUUCUGUAAAAGCUCUGACGGUAGCGCAAUGGCCUUAGUCAUGAUGGUCAUGUUUUAGCAUAACGGUCAGUUGCUACACUACUUUUGGGACGUUUGUGUUGUGGAAUGAUGUUUUUUGGGGGUAACUUGGCCCAGAAUGGAAGCUCAACUGUGUCUUCUGUAGGAUGAAAACAUGUGGCUAUAUAUGUAUCAUUACUGUUAAUGUUUUUAUGUGAUUUUGGAGGAGCUGGACGCUCUCUAAAUUAUAUAAAAUAGCCUUAUUGGAUUAUAGUAAUGAUUUCCUGGUCCUUUUUGCUUGGGGCUGCUCAUUCACCCAGAAUGUUGUAGACGUUUUGGACCAUGAUUGUCUGAAGUUGAGCAUAUUUUUCAUUGAUCUGAAUGUUUUGCUUGUUUUCUGUUUUUUUUUUAAUUUAAGUUUUAAAUUUAAGGAUGUAACUUAAAUUGCAUAGAUUUAAUAUAUGUCAAUUCUCAGAGGCUACAGCUGAAAGUGCAUAGUGGUUUUGUUAUAUAUAACAGUUUCAAUUAGUUGGGCAUUAAAUGCACGCUUGAACCUC